AUGGCUCCUCGUUCCGUCUUCAUCACCGGCGCAAAUCGUGGAAUUGGACUUGGUCUAGUUCGGGAAAUCCUCAAACUACCGGGAGUGGAAACUCUUAUCGCCGGCGCUCGUAAUAUUGACGCGGCCGAGGAUCUUAAUGGAAUUGCAAAGGCAGAUAAUAGAGUUCAUCUUCUCAAGGUCGACGUCACCGACGAUGAAAGCUUGAAACACGCUGUCAGCGAGGUGGAAAAGAUUGUUGGUCCCAAAGGGUUGAAUCUUCUUAUUAACAAUGCGGGAAUAAUCGAGAAGUACGCGACAGACGUUGAGCCAAAUCGCGCCGCCGUUCUCAAAUGUAUCGACGUGAACGCGGUCAGCGCUCUUCUCGCUUCGCAAUUCUUCCUGCCACUUCUCGAAAAAACCGCGAGACUCACCGAAGGCGAUCAACUCUCGGUUGAUCGCGCCGCCAUCAUCAACAUCGGAUCGGAUUGCUCGUCGCAAGCAUUGAAUCUCCGCGGAUCCGGUCCCUCAAAAGUUCUUCUCGCUUACAAAAUGAGCAAGGUCGCUAUGCUCAGUUAUGCUCGAACCAUGGCAUGCGAUUUGAAGAAUCUCGGCAUUCCGAUCUUGGUGACCACGAUUCAUCCAGGAUGGGUAAAAACAGACAUGGGAGGCCAAAAUGCAGAGAUUACUGUCGAUGAGUCGGUUGGCAAAAUUGUCGCCGGUUUCUCAAAGUUGAACGAAACUCACGCUGGAGGUCUUUUCGACCGCAAUAUCGAUCCAAUGCCUUUCUAA